CGGCUGUCCCCUCGCAGUGCGGACUACCCGGACCUGCGCAAGCACAACAACUGCAUGGCCGAGUGCCUCACCCCCUCCAUCUACGCCAAGCUCCGUAACAAGGUGACGCCCAACGGCUACACCCUGGACCAGUGCAUCCAGACCGGAGUGGACAACCCCGGCCACCCCUUCAUCAAGACCGUGGGCAUGGUGGCAGGCGACGAAGAGUCCUAUGAGGUAGUGGGGGCCCCCGCUGCCCAGAUCACCCAGGGCCAGUUCGACGAGCGCUACGUGCUGUCGUCACGCGUGCGCACCGGCCGCAGCAUCCGCGGCCUGAGCCUGCCGCCCGCCUGCAGCCGCGCCGAGCGCAGGGAGGUGGAGAACGUGGCCAUCACCGCCCUGGAGGGCCUCAAGGGGGACCUGGCCGGCCGCUACUACAGGCUGUCCGAGAUGACGGAGCAGGACCAGCAGCGGCUCAUAGACGACCACUUUCUGUUUGACAAGCCAGUGUCCCCUUUGCUCACGUGCGCUGGGAUGGCCCGCGACUGGCCCGAUGCCCGGGGAAUCUGGCACAACUACGACAAGACGUUCCUCAUCUGGAUCAACGAGGAGGACCACACCCGGGUCAUCUCCAUGGAGAAGGGAGGCAACAUGAAGCGGGUCUUUGAGCGCUUCUGUCGUGGGCUCAAGGAAGUGGAGCGGCUGAUCCAGGAACGGGGCUGGGAGUUCAUGUGGAACGAGCGCCUGGGCUACAUUCUGACCUGCCCUUCGAACCUUGGCACGGGGUUACGGGCUGGAGUGCACGUGAGGAUCCCCAAACUCAGCAAGGACCCACGUUUCUCCAAGAUCCUGGAGAACCUGAGGCUGCAGAAGCGCGGCACGGGCGGUGUGGACACCGCGGCGGUGGCAGACGUGUACGACAUUUCCAACAUCGACCGGAUCGGCCGGUCGGAGGUGGAACUUGUCCAGAUCGUCAUCGACGGCGUCAACUACCUGGUGGACUGUGAGAAGAAGCUGGAGAGAGGCCAAGACAUCAAGGUGCCGCCGCCUCUGCCUCAGUUUGGCAAGAAGUGACCGUCCCUCCUCCCAGUUUAUAAAUAAUCUGUCUGCUGGUACGACAGACACGAAGAAAUCCCUACUCUGAGAGUUUUUGUAGACGUGGAAAAAUGUACAAUUGUAGGUCCUGCCUAUCUUUACAAUAAAACUCUCCUUAAUA